GGGCAGCCAAGUAAACAGAAGCCUGUCCCCCGGGCUGCUGGCAUGGCUUCUUCUUGUCCUGGGACCCCCAGCCCAGCAGGUCUGCCCCCUCCUUCUGUAGCCACUCCAGGUCCCGCGGCGCCCCCGGAGCCCGCCUUCCCGGACAUCUACGGCGGGGACGCGCAGCUCUGGGAGGCGCAUUUCCGCGGCAUCGGGCGCGCCUACCGCGCGCUGGGCAAGCAGGACGACUUCGCCAUCCGCGUGCUCACCGAGAACUUCACGCUGCCCUUCCCGUUCGCCUGGCCGCCGGGGCCCGACCCCGCCUGCGGGCCGCUCUUCUACGACCCCCGCGACCGCGCAGACUUCGACUUCCUGCUGCGCGGCCCCGGAGCUUCGCCCCCAGCGCUGCUGCGGCCCCUGCACGCCACGGCCCAGGCAGCGAUGCGCAAGCGGCGCCUGGAGCUGCUGGCCCUGAGCUACGCCCGCGCGCGGGGCCCGGGCCCGGCCUCGUCCUGCUGCGGCCCGGCCCCGCCGCCGCCUUCCCGGAGCCCGAGGCCAGCGCUUCCAGCGACGGCACCCCCAGGCUGGCCCAGGCCCCGCCGCUGCCCCGAGAGCGAACAGAAUAAAUAAAGAGUUUCCCCAGC